AUGACCACAGCAAUCUCAGCCAUUGAGGCAGCUGAGCGUGAAGCUAGGAGACGGAGACUUGAAAAUAUAAUGUCGCGAGUUAAAAAGCCUCCAUUAUCUCAUGCUUUGGCUAACAAUGAAGAUUGUCCAAUACGUUGCAGUGAUAGUAUCGGCAACAGCCAAUUUCUACCAGUCACUGGACACAAAGAGCUGAAUAGCCCGCCCUGUCAUUCAGGCGACUGUGACGAACGUGCCGACUAUUUUGAGGACCAGCACAACGUUCACUGCCCCUUCCCUUCGCCUCUGGACCGCGAAACUCUUGCUUCUUCCGCCAACUUUGCUAUUGUUGAUGCCUCCACAGGUAGGGGUGCUUGUCAAUAUCACUCAGAUUGCGAUGGCUUAAUGGAAGAAAACUAUGAAAGCAAACCUAAAAAAUCCUCAGGAGAGCUUGGCAUGAGCCAGAAUAGUUCGACUUACGUAUACAUACAUGAGAUCGAGGCUGACUCUGUUAAAGGAUUACCAUCAGAUACUACAAUUUACUCAUCAUCCGUGGCUAGCCUUAACUUAUCUCCAGUUCAUCCUACUGAAUGGCAGAAAUCUGUACCUGAUGCUAAAACAACAGGAAACGGAACAGAAAUUAAGAGCAUUGGAUCAAAGUAUUCACGCGCUGACUUACGCUCCACAUUGGUGAGGAGCAUGCUUGCUUCGGGCAGGCUAAGUCGAAAGAGCCAAGCUGUGGCUAUACUCCUGAAGGGCUUUGCUGAGACCUCGCAGGCUGCAGAGGACAUUAGUAUUGAAGGAGUUUCUUUUGCUCAAGCUCAGGUGGAAGCAUAUCGGUCGAGAAAUUGUUAUUCCCCAGGUCAGGGCUUCAGUAUACUCAUUUUUACCAAGUUAUACAUACCCUUCGCAGAGUUAGGAGGAAAUAAAAGGGCUUGA